UCUCGACGGGCCACUCGUCGCGUUCUCUAUUCACCCUUUCAACAUUAAAAAAUCACUGAAAACAUGGCCUAAUUUUUUAUUAUUUCACCGUGAUCGUAAUUGUUGUAAAGUUAGUGACUCUGGGGAAUUGAUUCGGGUUUCAAACAGACCGUUUUUCUUUAUCUUGUCGAAGUGUUCACAGGUUGUGGCUGGUGGUUUCGGAGUGGAAACGUCAAAUCCUGAUUACUAAUAGUAACUACGGAUUCAAGCAAUACAUGAAGAUAUUUUCCAAAGCUACAACAGAAGAUUAUUCGGUGUAAACGGCAAUUCAAGAUAGAAUAUACUGGUGUCUAUAUAUUAUAACAUAGUAUAAAGCUCUGAUCCUUCAAAGAUGGAAUUAACUCCACGAGCGAGUCACACGUAGGGAAGAGGACGUGGUAGAAGACCGUGCCAUCUAUCCACAACAUGGGCACCGGAGACGGUGCCAGUGAGAAAAGCAAACAUAAUCCAGACGGCGAGAAUUUGAAAUCACUGUUGAAGAAAUCCUCGAGCAAGAAAGACAAAAAAAGCAAUCGGGUCGUUUUCAACGAAACCAAAAACGAAUUUUUUGAUGCUGAUUAUAUUAUUCUCAUAAGGGAAGAAUGCGAUUUCGACGACGAAGAUGACGACGGGGUGUGCACGUGCUACCAGCACGAGAUGGUGCGUCUGACGUGCUGCGAGCCAGAUUGCAACUGCGGAGGGGUCUACGAGGAGCUCGAGGUCGAAAGUCAGACGCCCCAAAGCCCCAAAUUCGCGCCUCCCAUCGAAUUCGUUGAUGCGGUAACACUUAGUCCCCCGGAAGGUUAUAAAGAUAUGGAGCUGGAGGAGUUGGCGUACAAACAGAUGCAGAGGAAUCGAGCUCAAAGGACGGCUGUGUGCAGGGAGUGUAGUGCCAAUCAGGAGCAUGACACUGAUAAAGGUGAUACUUGUCAAACAAAUAGUGAUAUUAAUAAGCCAAAGAUAGAUUUAGAUGAAGAUGAUAAUGAAAAAGAAAAAAUUGACCAAAGUCAACAAACUACACCUACCUCUCCGAAUAGUUCAGAUGGAAAAGACUAUAUGCUGGAAUCUUCUGUAGACGAAGACCAAAUGUGUGAGGAGAAUAUGAAACCAUUGCCUGCGGCAGACUCGCCGGUAAUGGGAAUUCUUAAAGGUGGCAAAUUAUGGCGGCAGCAAAGUGGUGAAAAUCCCGUCAAACCAAAUGAACCCCUUUCGAAGACAGACUCAAUUUCGGAUGAAGAAUCCAAUCCACGAACAGUGCGGUUUAUUGAAGAAGAAAAACAAGAUAGUUGCAAAGCAUCUCCAGAAACGGACCGAGAAGUAGAAGGACGUGAGUCAACUAAAGAAGAUGAAGCUAUUCCGGUCAAAAAUGAUGCCCCAAAUACUGUUAUUGAACCUACUGAGAUGAUGCUGACGUUCAAAUUAGGAAAUCAUGUACUAAUUUCCAACAACAGCUUAAAACCUAAUUCAGCUGUUCGACAGUUGUUCCCGUGCACCAAAUCUCUACCGCCCAAAACUGGCCAGGAAGAUGAUCAACAGUACUUGGUUACAGCUGAAUCUCUUAAAGCGUUUGAAGAAGCCAAGAGAUCAAAACUAUCCCAAAUGAUUCAAAAUGCUGGUACGACUGACACGAUAAAAAGGGUUAUUGAAAGAAACACGCUAAGACGAUCGCUUGUUCGCUACGAGCCAAAAAGCAAGAAGAACUUGCAAAAGACUGAUAAUUCUCUAGUUGAGCGAAUCAAGCAAUUGACUUGUGAUAUCGAUGACGUCAGCCAGGAUUCAGACGACCUGUCCGCCAGAGUUAGUCCUACUGGCGAAGAAGGCAAUAACAUGGAUACUAGUCAGCUUUCUAAUAAAAUUAAAGAACCAAGAAAUUUUUCUCCCUCCUCGUCCUCGACGGCUAGCUCGAACUCAUCCUCGACGUCUUCCACUUACAAGAGAAUUACCGAUAUUUUUGGAAAGCGAGAUAAAAAUUUGGAAAUGUCGCCUCAAUCUUCACUUUACGAACCAAAGGCUGCCCAAACUCAGACUCUACCAGAUGUAGCCGGACCAUACAAUCAAGAAUUGUUGGAGAGAGAUCUUAACAAACCAAAUCCACCAUAUCCAGCAAAUCCUAACGAUGGUAGAAAACAAUUUUUAUCUACACUAGCUCCCCUAACAGCAUGCGUAAGCGGAAUGGGCCAUCCCGACGACCAUUACUACCAUCUAAGUAACCAUGGUUCAGUCAUCAGUUCUACUGGUAGUGAAUACACUCUGGACGAUAUAGAUGAAGCUUUGGUCAAUGAGGAAAAUAAGAAAAUUGCCCCAGAUGUUUUAGCAGGUACUCCAGCUUCCGAAUCGGGAGAUGAGCUAGUGGCUUUCGUACAACAGGAUGCUAAUAGGAUAGAAAGGAUUAAAAAGAAGUACGAUAACGACAAGAAGGAAGACGACGAAAACGACGAUUACGGAUUCAACCACAGACCAAGCGUACGCGGCAUCAAACCACGUUUUGGAUCUACAACGGAAAUCCUCCAACAAAUCCAGAAUCAAAUUCAACUGCCACCGACAAACACCAACGUUUCUUGGCCUUAUUAUUCAGAAACGGGCUUGAAUCGUGACGAAGACUCGAACAGGAUGAAUGUUAAACCAACGGCGACGACUCAAUACCAAAACAUGCCAGAUGAAGCCAAAGUAAGAGGUUACCAAUACAGACCCGUAUCGUUACAUGAAAAUUAUCAAAGUUGCGCUAAUCAAAAUUGUUGUAAGGAUGUGUACAAAGCUCAGGUCAGUGUUGAGCUCGAUUGUCACAAUCUACAGAAAUACAGAAGCAAUCGACCGUUAUCCCCGCCUCCUCAAGAAAUAUCACGGACAUACCAUCAAACAAUGGUGUACAUACCCUACAACAACAUAGAGAGUUACCAACAGCCUAUUCCAUCGAGCCCGUAUCAAACUAAUGAGUAUUAUCGUUACAAUCAAAAUCAAAUUAAUAAAAAGUACAUCGAACCAAUAUAUCAACAAAAGAUGCCGAUGGUAGAGGAGCAAUAUUGUAAUACGAACGGUCAAAAAGUGAUGGCGAAACCACCAUAUCCGACAAACUACCAGCCCAUGAUGGUACCAUCGAGAAGUGAGAGUCCCUUGAUGAGUAAUUAUUCCAUGGCGAGGUCUACACAGACUUCGGUGGGUUGUAUGUCAGGUUGUAGUUUUUACCAAGUUCCGACACUGAGAUUCCGAGAUUCUCUCCGGCUCCAGUACAAGCCUCCAGACUACGUCAACAAAGUUCAGCGUCACAGCUUCCCCUCAGUAAGAUCCAGAUACAACACCGCAGAUGCCCCUGAACAUAGCUACGUUGAUGAGAGUAGCAUCCAACACUCAAACCACCUCAACGGCUACUACAACUACCUCCCUCCUAAAGAUUCCCCAGCCGGCAGCCCUACCAAAGCUCGAUUUAUCGAAAGGGGGGUGCCAGAAGGUGCUGCAAGUGUCUCUCCUCAGGAUUCUGUAAGCCUUCAGAAUUCGAGUACAAACACAUCUCCAACUAGCAUGUCACACACAACUUCAAAGCCACUUUUUUAUGCCAUGAACGUCUGAGAUUCGAGUGAGGCUAAGGCUGUAAAGAAGAAAAUUUCUAUCAGCACUGCAGUGUAAUAACGAUAACUGAUAAAUUAAAAACAGUGAAAAAUGAUUUAGGUACCAGUGGUUAAGCAGAAUGAAACCUGAUCCUUUCUGACUUUUCUUUGUAUUUCGAUACAUUAGUAUCCUGAGGUUACCAAGUUUAGGAGACCGAACACUUCUUCUUCUUCUUCUUUCUGUAAUAAUAUGACUCUGUCUGUUUUUUCAAUGUGCCUCUAGUAAGUUGUGGUUCUAUCGUUUUCGUGGUCUUCCCACUGAUCAUCUUCCUAUAUGGACACCGUCUCUCGCUGUCCUGACUACCCUAUUUAUUGUCAUUCGGCUUAUGUGGUCAUUCCAUUUUAUUCUUCUGUUUCUUACCCAGUUAUUAAUGUUAUCCACCUUGCAUCUCCGUCGUAUACCUGUACUUCUAGCUCUAUCUCAUAGAGUCUUACCAUCGAUUUUUCGAAGGGUUUUCAUCUCCGCUGUUUCGAGCAAUAUUUUUGUCCUCUCUGUGUCGGGUCUUGUUCUGCCGCGUAUGUCAUUAUUGGUCUGAUGACUGUUUUAUAAAUUCUGCCUUUCAUUUCUUUUCCGAUAUUUUUAUUUCUUCAUAUUGUGUCAUUCAGUCAACCUGCUGCUCUAUUUGCUCUAUUCACUUGAGCUUUCACUUCUGUUUCGAGUCUUCCGUAGCUAGAUAGUGUGAUGCCUAAGUAUUUAAACUCCAUCACUUGUUCUAUUAUCUAACCUUCCAGCUCCAAUUUACAUCUUAUUGGAUCUGUUAUUAUAGCCGUGCAUUUUGUCUUUUUGAGGAAAUUAACAUGUUAAAUUUUCUGGCGAUUAUGUUAAAUUGGUGCAGCAUACGUUAUAAAUCAUCUUCACUUUGAGAGAUUAGUAUUGCAGUCCGCCUAGCACAUUAUUUUAAGUUGUUUUUCUCCCAUUUGAUAUCCUUUUUUAGUACUUACUUUUUUUAUUAUUAUCGACCGAACACAUUUUUGUUAAUUCUUAUUUAGCUUCGUUACUAUUACUUGUCUGUUUUUAUGUUCUUUUAGGCUUAUUCUAAUGACCUAAUUACUCCAAUUCCGACACCUUGCUGAAUGUAGGUCUCUCCCAAUUGCUUAUAUCUUGAGUCUAAUCCACUGUUUGCCUACUAUUGCUCUUAUGCUAUCUACCCAUCUCUUUUGAGGUCUUCCCAUGCUUCUUGGUCCCCUUUCUCUUGCUCUCUUGCUCCUUGGUCUCUAUUCCACGAUUCUCCAAGUCCAAAUGUUAUCAUCUUAUCUGGUUAUGUAACCUGUCCAGCGCCACUUCAUUUUUGUAACUUUUUCCACGAUAUCCAUGAUAUUCGUUCUACGACGUCUUAUCUCGGUGCUUCUAAUUUUGUCUCUCAGUGAUAUUCCAAGCAUGUUUCGUUGCACAGCCCUUUCAGUUGUUUCUGUUUUUGGCAGAUUUUCUGCUAAUAGCCGUAGUUUUAAGCCACUAUAUCGAGUACACCAUUUCCUUUGUUAUAUUCGUCGCCUUAAUACUAUAACUUGAUAACUCGAAAUUAGUAGUUCUGAGAUAAACGGGUUUAAAGAUUUUAAAGAUAUUUGUGCUGCUACCAUAGGCGCCCAUACCCAUGGGCCGUGGCCCCCUGGCUUUUCGGGUGCUUUAAACUAUAUAUUGUUAUCCCUAGUGUACAAAAUGUGAUGUGCAAAAUCUUCACGUCUGACCCCCCUGAAAAUUUUUAUAUGGGCGCCCAUGGCUGCUACCAUGAUGUUGGUAUAUAAGGAAUUCACUCUGCAGCUCUUAAAUACUAUUCCUUAACUUUUUGGCUACUGAUCUAUUUAGUAAUACGGUGGAAAUUUGUUUUCCAAUAUGGAAAAUAACAUGAAAAAUUAAAGUUAUCAACUUUUAGCACUACCGUAAUGUUAACAUUUGGUAAUGUGGCAUGUCGUGCCAAGUUGCAUAUAAGUAAACUUUUUAACAAAACUAAUAUUUUAAGCAUUAUUUUAGUGAAAAUUAGCCCUCUGCCAUAGCGGUUGCCAGAUCUGCUAACAAUUCUCGAAUGUUUGCAUUAACAUGAACCGAAUAAACAGAUAGCAAUUACGUGGUAAGCUCAAUGGUUUCAGAAAAACACGUGCUACAACUAGAUAACUAGAGUUAGCUAGUUGUAGCAUUCAGUGUAUAUCGUAUUCACGAUUAUUUCGAUUAAUCAAUAUCGUGAUAGCUUAUCUUAUCAAGUUUUAGCACUGAAUAUUAGGGGUAUUUGAGUUUUAUCAACUUUCGUCAAUCACAAAUAAAUACUUAACCCGUUUGGAGAGAGUUAUCAAGUUUUUAUACAAUAUGGAGGAAUAUAAAAUACAUCUUGUGAAGUAGUUAUCUCAAAAACGUCAAUUUUGGAGUUAUCAAGUUAUAGUACUAAGGCGACGAAAUUAUCUCUAAUUCAGCUCAAGAUGAAAUUUCUGUCAUAUUUCUUGGUGCGUUAGUUGCGUUUUUUUCAGAAGCCUCUGUUUUCACUCUGCUAUACCAAUCAAAACAGAUUUCAAAAGGUUGUAAGUGAAAAUUUCGAGCAAUAAUUCUGUUCUACUGCAUAAAUCGAAUCAUCCAAACGUGUCAUCGUUGUAACAUUGUGGUAUUUAAUUUUUUUAUUGUAUAUAAUGGUUAUGUUGCUUUAGAUAAAGCAUUAUUUGUUAACAUUUGUAGGUUAUAAUAACCAAAGGCAGAAACAUUUUUUGUUAAAUAUGAGGAAAUUCGUAAGUUCAAAUACCAAAGGAGUAUCACCAGAUAUUUAUAUGGGUGUAUUGUUUUGUCUCUUAUUAGAAACAUAUAUCUUUAGAAACAGUGACGCACCCAGGGUUAUAUAGGAAGGUUAUACCGCCCCCGCCCCCCAGGGCAUAUAAAAAUGUUUAAAGAAUAGUAGGAAAAUGUAACAUGUCUUUUACAAACAAUACAACAAAAUUUCGGUGCCCUAGCCAACCCCCAGAAGAAAAUUCUAGGUGCGCCACUGUUUACAACUCAUAUUUAUAUGUAUAAAACAACUUUAAACCAAAAGUUUAUAUCUAGAAACCAAAGAAAUGUAAAUUAUAAAGUAUUAUACAUCAAUUUAAAGGAAAAAGUAUCAAAUAAAUCCAACAUUAUUAUUUCAGUAAAUAAAAAUAAACUUUUAUAAGAAAUAUAAAGGAAAUAGUCAAUAUGAACAUGUAUCUAUAGCAUUUUUGUUGUGACUUAGUAGUGACCUAGCUACUUCAAAUUUCGGUAUUGUUAUUUUUUUCUACUUUUGUCUUGCAUGUUGUUCUCUAGAAAAAAAUCGAAAAAAUGAAAUAAAUAAGUAAGACACAUAUGGAUUAUUAUUAGAGAGCGGAAUAUAUGCAACACAACAUUACCAAAAUAUGCGCAUAUAUAUGCAUUACUUUUACUACAAAUAUGCAGAUAUUUUUUCUAAAUUUGUCUAAAUAUGCAAAUGCAUAUUAAAAAUACUCAAAAAUAAAACAAUAUAUUAAAUAUAAACAUUUAUGUUUAAAAAAUUCAACCUACAUUUAUGUUUA